UCCAGCAUUCACGCCUCCCGCGUCCGUUCCGCGGCGCAGGCACACCGCGGUCUAUAUACACGCGUGUAACGCACGCAUACGGACUCGCGGACCACCCAUAUACACGCGACCGCCGCGUACACACCGCCCUGAAUCCGGACGGGGACUUUAGCACACCAACACCUCCGCGGGAGGUGUGGGGGUGAGCCCCCAGAGUAGGUGUCAAUCCUAGCGCUGCUCAGUGACCAUCGCGGCGCCACCCAAGUAACACCUUUCGUCCGCUCUUCAGCCCUCGACCGAGAACGUCGUCACCGCCGAGAGAAGUCGCCGAGAGAGAGAGAGAGGAGAUAAACUUGCUUCUUUUUAUCUGUCCAUUUUAUCGAGUCGUCCUCGCGUCGUCCUCGACGUCGUCAUCGUCGACUCACGUCCUUCGCGUCGGAUACGCGUGUCGACCGGCGCGUCAAGCAUCGAACUGAACUAUCUUCUCACGAGGACUCGUGGUCUUUAAACCUGUCUCGGACGAUCAACGGGUGUCCAAAACUAUCUAUCGCGAGGGACAGUGUCGUGUUUCGGAGCGUCCGAGAGGAACGAAGAAAGAAAAAAAAGAGAGAGAGAGAGAAAGAGACGGGGAACGACGCAAGAAAUCGGCGACAGAAGGGGGCCUGCGAACGGGUCGGUGACAAGUGAGUGAUUAGUGAACGUCGGAUUUGCACUAUGGCCUAGAGUGACUCGCGGCUAGUGUCUCGACAUGGGAGUGACUCUUAUACUGAAGAUCUAUCACGCGGCGUCGGCGUAGACGUCCGCUCGCGAGUGCUCCAACUCCUCGAGAAUUCGGAGUGCCAGUGUACCGCUUCGUCUCGGUUCAGAUCAGGUGUUCCGAAGGCGGAUGACUCGCUCGUUUCACAUCUCGUACAUCCUCGCGAGUGAAUACUCCAUUGAAUGCAACCUCGCGCUAUGGUGAAAGGUCGCUGAAGAGAGAAAAACGUUGGACAGUUCUGCCGGCAGGAUCGAGUUGUCCGCGUCGUAAGAUGUCGACUAGGCAAUAUCUGGCAACGCUCAAUGAGAUGAUCGUCGGCGCUUUUCCGUGGCUGGAAAUUCGCGCGAAAGAAAAACGCGGGCACUCCGAGGAUCGCGAUCCACAGUCUUGAAGCGCGAACGCGUGCUCCCCUCGAGAACGCGCGUUCUUGGAUAUGUGGAGAAACGAGCGUGAUCGUUGACCAGGCCGGACAGGCGUACACUCGCGAGGAAGAGCAGCGUCCAUCCGUCCGACGGCUCGUGAACGCCGAACGGCUCCCGCGAGCGAUCGCGUGCGCGCAAAUUCGUGGAGUAAGACGUGGCGAGCGAGAGGCGAGGAGGCGAGAAGGCGAAGCAACACCCGGGGGAGCAGGUUUGAGUCACUCGAAGAGGAAUCUCGCGCGACUCGGCACACCCGCCCGUCUCGAUGAGAUUCGAACAAGACACAGCGUGCAGGGGUACCCACUGCGCCAGCACUCCGCAACCCUCCGCGCUGCAGCAGCGAUCACGGCCCGAGGAGGUGGUGGUGGAGGAGGAGGAGGACUCCUCCGCGAAGGACGUCGACGGUCAACGGCGUAGACUUGGCAUAGGAGAAUUGGAGGCUAACGUGGUCGAGGGUGCAAAUACGGGGCCGCGGGCCGAGGCGGGGGGGCCUGGGAUGGCGUACCCCGCGUCAGCGACGGCUCUGAAUCAGCACUCGCCCUUCGCAAGCUCGAUCGCCGGCGGCACGCCGCCCGCCAGCAACCCGAACGGCCACAUCACCGGACCCCUGCCGGCACCGGCGGCACCGCGACCGACGGACUUUAGCGUAUCCUCGCUGCUGACCGCGGCGAGCACCCAUCCGCCCGGUAUUCUGGGCGGCUCGUCGUCGCAGAGCAGCGCUUCUCCGCCACCCGGCGGACCCGGUAGCCCAGCCGCGGCACCGGAGACCCCGCCGCCCUUAGCCGCGAGCGGCCAACGCGACCUGUCGCAUCCGUCCUCGGCGGUGGCGGCCGCGAGUUACUUCAGCGCUGCCGCCCUGGCGGCGGCGGGUUUCUAUAAUCCGGCAGCGCAUCUGCCGCCCACCAGCUCGCCAGGACCAACGGCGGCGCAUCAUCUUCAGACCAAGGCGAUACUCGCCGGCGCGCACCAUCAUCCGCACCUCAACCCCCACGGGAUCACGCCGCCAGGUCUUGGUCUGGGCCCGCAUACGCCGGAAGAGGUCUUGGCGGCGGCCGCGGCGGCGUUACAUCAUCAUCACCAAGGUCCCGGCGGUCCUACGAUGAGGCCCCUGAGGCCGCCGCUACCACCGGGGAUGCUUCACGCGUCACCGCAUCCCCUGGCCACGCAUCAUCCCCUCGCGGCGCCGCAUCAUCCCUUGGUGCCGCCUCAUCAUCCGGAGGAGGACGGCGUCGUCGAUGACCCGAAGGUUACGCUCGAGGGCAAGGAGCUCUGGGAGAAAUUCCACAAGCUCGGGACGGAAAUGGUCAUCACGAAGAGUGGCCGGCAGAUGUUUCCUCAGAUGAAGUUCCGAGUUUCCGGUCUGGACGCCAAGGCCAAGUACAUCCUUCUACUGGACAUUGUCGCCGCCGAUGACUACAGAUACAAGUUCCACAACAGUAGGUGGAUGGUAGCGGGUAAGGCGGAUCCGGAAAUGCCGAAGAGGAUGUACAUACAUCCGGACUCGCCCAGCAGCGGCGAGCAGUGGAUGCAGAAGGUCGUGAGCUUCCACAAACUCAAGCUCACCAACAACAUCAGCGACAAGCACGGCUUUGUAAGUACUACGAUACUGAACUCGAUGCACAAGUAUCAGCCGAGGUUUCACCUCGUGCGAGCCAACGACAUCCUGAAACUUCCGUAUUCGACGUUCAGGAGUUACGUUUUCAAGGAGACGGAAUUCAUCGCCGUGACGGCCUAUCAAAACGAGAAGAUCACUCAACUGAAGAUCGAUAACAACCCCUUUGCGAAAGGAUUUCGGGAUACCGGUGCGGGGAAGCGCGAGAAAAAAAGGCAGGCGCUACUGACAGUAUCGGGCGGCGGUUCCCGUUUGACAGCGAGUGGACCAGCGUCGCCGGACAAGCGGCGCUCGUCGAACUCCGCCACCGAUCUCAUGGACGACGAUGACAAGCUGCUGGACGUGGUCGGACCCGAUACGCCGCACCCGGCCCACCACCAUCGGGAGCGGGAGCACUCCCGAGAGAGGGACGAUCGAACGAGCGAGCGGGGCGAGGGCAGCGAAUCGUCCGGGUCCGAGAGCGGUGGCGGGCCAGGUCCAACGGGGUCCGAGGGUCCACGGCCGGACGUCUCGGUCGGCCCACCGCUUCACCCGCCCCUCUUGCCGUAUCUGUACCCGCCGGUGCCCGGACUUUAUCCCGGUCCCGGUCCCCUGAUACCACCCACUCCCCUCGGACUCCACGGCGGGGUCACGCCCGGUAUGCUGUUUAACGCCCAGCUGGCCUUGGCGGCCCAGCAUCCGGCGCUCUUCGCGCACUAUCCUCAUCCCCUGGCCAGUCCCCUGCACCAGCUCAAGGGGCACAGAUUCGCGCCCUAUACGCUCCCGGCGCCCUCGCAUGGCUCGGCCUUCGAGACCGUGACCCCCGGUAGUAGGACCCUAAGUCCGAGAUCACCGCCGCCAAGGCCGCCGACCGACUCGCCGACACCCACCGGCGGCGGUGCUCUCACCUCGACGACACCCAGCUCUGCCGGUGAGCUCAAGUCCAUCGAGAACAUGGUGAACGGACUGCAGGAGAAGAGAAGAAGAAGUCCGAGUCUGACGCCCGGGCAUCGGGGCGAUGACGCUGGCGGAGGGAGUCCGUGACAGGAGAACGAGCCUGUGAGCAGCACGAAGGACGACGACCCUGACGAGGACGAGGACUGCGCCGACGAGUCCGGCGGCGACCCGGAGGACCUCUCCGCCGACGAGAGGGAGCCGGACUCCACGUCGGAGCCGUCGUAGCGGCGGGAACGUUGGCUGGUCGGCAUUCGGUUCUCCCUGUCUUCUCCUCAUCCUAUUCGGGAGUCCUGGCCGCACCGGACGGGAGCGAGGAAGGCCGGACUCUCAUACUACAAAGUGCAAUUUUAUUUCCGGAGCGGCGCCGCGCUCGAGAAGUCGUUCUCGCGAGCGGGAGCGGCGCCCUUCGUGCUUUCGGGACGGAACGAGGAGUCCCCCGCGUGUUUCCUGUAUCUGUAAAUAGACCUACGCGGUUCGCGCGAGCUAGAGAGCACGAUAUCGCGCGCGUUAGGAGUGUGCGUCUCUGUUAAAGGACCGCGAAGCGGGGUGCGUUGGGCUCUGAACGGACGCUGCACCGAUCGCGCGUUUGCUGUAAAUUAGAUGAGACGCGAGAGUGAAUGCGAUAAGAGGAAAAUGAAUGUGAGAGAGGGAGAGAAAGAGAGAAAAAAAGGGAGAGAAUCUACGAGCGCGUACCUGUGUCACGUGUGAGUCUACGUUCUACCUGUGUACGUUAGGUCUUAAGGGAAGAAAACAGAGAACGAUAUUGCAAUAUAAGAGCACCUCCUACUAUUUGCAGCCCCUGUACAUAUGUACCCUAGUGAUAUUAUAUAUAUAUUAUAUUAUAUUAUAUAUAUAUAUAUAAAUAUUAUAUUAUAAAUAUAAAUAACAUCUACUCUCUCUCUGUACUAAUUAUUAAAUAUAUUAUUAUAUUAUAACGACUAGAGAGACGUAAACGCAUAAACGCACGCUGCCCGAUUUAUGCCUCGAAAACGCAAAGCAAAAAGCGCAAGAAAUCCUAAAUACGAAGAAUCUCGGGAUCCGAGUUGACGAUCCAUAGAAAAAGCAACGCGACGCGGCAUAAACCGCGGAUUGGUUCACCGGGAAGCAGUGCCACUCUCGAAUCCUCUCGUUCUCGAAAUUCCACGUCGCCCGGAGAGACUCGCGUCCUUUGAACGUGCGUCGAAGGUAAAGCCGUCGGUCGAAACAACACGUGGUGGGCAACCAGCUUUUCAUUUGUUUACUCGGAUGUCACUAUCGACGAAUACUUUUUUUUUUAGAACCUCUUUGUUACCCCUUUUAAAAUAGUAGAUCGAAAUACGUCGGGCUUGUGAUCGUCAUUUAUGUUAAUAAUUUGAAAAUUAUAGAGAAACGAUUUAUCAAAAAUAUCUAUUUUUACAUUGUUCUCAAACGUUGCAAAGUUAGAAGUUCAAUUUAUUUCCAUAAUAUUUUUUUUAUUUAAAAGAGGCAAAUCGAGAUUUUUUAUUUUACUAUAAUUGCUCAAGACUCGAUUGCCGAAUUGUAGCGAAGGACUGAAAUCCUACGCGCCGAUUAAAAAUCCGAGUCGGCCUGUAAUUUGUAUAAAUAGUGGCGGUCGGUGUAAAUAAUUAUUGAACGCGUGUGAUAAGAACGUCGAGUAAAUUUGCAAUCAACUCGCGCGAGUCACUUUAGGGAGCAGAGGGAUUCGCUAUCGCGAAUACUGCAUGUACGUAUAACACAAUAGAAGCGGUCUAAAGAGAAAAACCUGACGUCUGGGAUGGAAGAUAACGGUGAUUUAAGGCGAAAUCGCGCGAUGCCCGCGGGAGAACGUAGCGCGGCGGUGUUUUUUUCCUUUUCUUUUUUUUUAAGGGAACGUCUCCGAGAAUGGGAUUCUCUCGUGAUGUCCGAGAAUGGGAGGCCGUUAUCGUUUGCACGCACUGUGACAAUGCGAAUGCGCCGCACGUCCGCGCGCUGCACAUUUGCAGCGACGAUCGAAAGAUCGACUCGAUACCCCCAGCGCAAUGCACCUUGGCGUUCAACGUCUAUCAUCUCGUUGUGCAAUCGACGAUCGGCCUCUCAUUCGUAUUCUAAGCCACUCUGUCGUAAUUCGACUAAUCGCUGUCACGUCUCCUACGCGUUUUCGAUCCUGCAGUAACGUCGAGUAGGUAUCGUAAAAUGAGAAAGACACGAGUGGAUCUUCUAAGUCGAUCUCUCGUUUUUAAAUCAUUUGUUGCCGUUGUUCACUAAUUGCAAGAAGGUAAGUCAGCAGCGACUGGACGAAGUAAAUCAAUUAAAUACAACGUUAAUAAAUACAGUGCUCGAAUUAUAAUAUCAUUUACACGAGUAAUUUAAUAAGUUAGGACUCUCGAAAUUAAAAAUCGAUAAUAGAAUGGCUAUGAGAGUCAGACGCAGUUAUCGGUGCGUAGGUGAUCAAAAUCACUAAUUUAUUCCAAAUAAAUUACAUUCGUACGUUUCGGCUCAACACUUCGAAUUAUUUUCAGCGAUAUCAAAUGACGAAAAUUAAAAUGUUACAAAGUUCUCCAUUCCAACGUAGUAAGUUUCCUUGUUUGGAGAUUUCAAGAAACGAAAUUGAAAAAGACUACAAGAUCCAUAUCAAGUAUGCCAAUUAUUAUUACUGGAACACGUAUUAGAUAAAAGGUAUUACUUUUAAAUUUAGCAUGUGCUUAGCAAGUUUUAAGAUAGUAGCGGUAGCAUUAACGUUUAUUAUCGUAGAAGUUUUGAUGUUCUCGAUGAACCGUACAUUUGCUGCCACGUGAAAAAUUAUGGAUACCUGAUUUAUCAAUAUGUUCUUGUCAUUUUCUGACAAUCCGAAGACUUCUGUAUCGAGAUCUAUGAUAGGUACGAUUUUUUUGCGGAAAUUGGGUACUUCUUUUUUACUCGGUCAAAAAAAGAGGUUUCUCAAACAUUUUAUCUAAUCGGCUUUCGGGACUCUUGUCUUUUUUUCGAACGUAUCAGCAGAUAUAUCGUCGAAAUAUCGGGGCAACUUCGUAACAGUGUCUCAGUCAAUAUUUUUCCAACAAAACCAGUACCGCCUAUAAGACAAAAUAAUAACCCUGUUAUUUUGUCUUAUAGGUGGUACUGGUUUUGUUGGAAAAAUAUUGACUGACAAUGAGACACUGUUACGAAGUUGCCCCGAUAGUUCAACGAUAUAUCUGCUGAUACGUUCGAAAAAAGACGAGAGUCCCGAAAGCCGAUUAGAUGAAAUGUUUGAGAAACCUCUUUUUUUGUAACAUUUUAAUUUUCGUCAUUUGAUAUAGCUGAAGAUGGCUCGAAGUGUUGAGCCGAAACGUACGAAUGUAAUUUAUUUGGAAUAAAUUAGUAAUUUCGAUCACCUACGCACCGAUAACUGCGUCUGACUCUCAUAGCCAUUCUAUUAUCGAUUUACACGAAUAUAUAAAAAUAAUUAAUUUCAUGCUGAUAUUCACUCGAUAUUUACCAAGCCGAGAUAUUUCAAAAUUCUCAGAGCAUAUUAAAUUUUAAUAUAUCUUAGAUUGACAAUUAACAUUAAUUUUGGUUUUACAGAAACAUUAUGCAAUACAGGAAUAUAUAUAGAACGUGAUAUGACGCGUUGAUUAUUGAAUAUGUAUAAUAUCUGAAAAUAUUGACUAAAACGAGAGAUAUAUCGACUGUUGGAAGUCUUAAUCAGCUUAUAGUUUCAUUUUGCGAUACCCGUUAAGCGGGCUUGCAUCGUCGUUGUAAUAUGUCUGUACAUCCGAAUCGAUUACAAGGGAGCGAAGUGUUCUGAAAUCCGAAAGCAAUAAUCGAGCAGAGCUGUGAGUGCAACUAUCGCGGAUGAAACUAAUCGGUUCGGCUGUUCUAAUGAACUGCUGCGGUCGGCCAAGAUUUCCAUAAGCAAAAAUCGCCAUUGGCAGGCACUUUGAUCCAGUGCAAAAUUCGUGAAACGAAUAUUUUCGAGCGAUUCGAAACGAAUAGUCGGAGGUCGAUUUAGAAUCGUGUCGUCGAGUAAAGGGCCCGACGAUUAUUGUUCAUCAUACUUUAAGCGAUAACCAGAAGCCUAUUCUACAAUCUGGUAGACGGAACGGCAGAUAGAUUUUUUUAUUUUAUUAAUGUGUUGAUCGAAGAACUGUUAUCACAAUGAUAAAAAAAAUCGCCUCCAAAAAUGGCGAGAUAAAUAUUUUCCACAAAUCUUUAUUACUUUAUUUACUUGUUACUGAUUACGCAGAACCCUUAAUUCGUUUACGCGUGUUGAUUUUAAUGAAUCCUGUUCAGAUAUGUCCGAUAAACGUUGUACAUAUAUUUACUUUAUUCCAAUUUGUUUAUAUUCAGCGCUAAAUACGGGCUCUCCCCUGAAUUUUCUCUCCGGUCCUGAAUUUUACUUAUAUAAAAAAAAACCUCGAUGCAAAUGUAAGAUGGGAGAAUUGCCGUAUUCAACGCUAAAUGUACAGUAUGAAAACGAGCCAAUGUUCCGGUGCAGAAGUAGAAACUGAUCGAUAUGUACAGAUAUGCAAUUGAACAGGCAAGUGGAUGAAGAAGGCUUGUCACAUUCGCACGUUAAGUUAUUUGUAUGGAUGAACAUUAUUCCCUACUGUACCAUACGUAUCAGUACGUAAAGUGUAUUAUCAAUUUAGUGCUGUGAUGGUUCUUAGUGAAAGUUUAGCCUGUGGAUACGAAGAGUCUAUUGUACAAUAUUAAGUCACAUUAAUGCGAACGUAUUUAAUUUAAACGCUAAAAACCUGUAAUCACGAGGUGUCAUUAUAUCAAAUAUUUUCUUCGUCCAUCUGCUCCUUCAAUUUAACGAUUCGAUCGUGUACGAUUGAAAAGUCCGUCGUCCAUCCGGAAUUUUAAGUUACGGUCGAAGCUACUUUCGUCCGAUCGAAAUCGCGUCUCAGUUCCCUCGAAUCUUCGAGAAUUUGCUCAAUCCCUCGCAUAAUUUUCGUGGCUUCCUUCGGGUCGUACGCACGGUCUUGUACUCGAAGCGACGCGAGCAUCAUCGUCGACGAGAAAAUAGGAAAAGCAAUAAAAAAAAAUGAUUAAAGAGAAAAGAUAAGGAAACGAAGGAAAGAACGAGCGGUUCAGACGUGGGCCGCGCGCGUCAAAAGCGGAUCUAACUUCUUAACACGAGAAUCGUGAUAUUCCGUGACUUGUAUUGUAUAUUGUACACUCCUUAGAUUCUUUGUCCUCCGCCCUCCCGACUCCGUUCCCAAUCUUGCCCCGUCAUCAAAAGUCCCUCCGCAAAAAAUCCACGUGAUUAAGAAUUCUAUAUAUAUAUAUAUAUAUAUAAUAAUUUAAAAAUA